AUGCCUGCGGCUUGGGGCCCUGGCGCGCUGCGAUUUGUGAAGCGGGACGUGAUGAAACCUCCCCCUGGACAAAUCACGGGGAAGCGACCGACCUCCCCAGUCUUAUCAGAUUCCCCCUUGAUCAGUACUUAUGGCUCCUGCAAAAACCGAUGCUUUGAACUUGAUGAAGCAGAGCCUCCACUGUGCCGUUGUGACAACCUGUGCAAGAGUUAUAGCAGCUGUUGUGUUGACUUUGAUGAACUGUGUUUAAAGACAGCCGGUGGUUGGGAAUGUACCAAAGAGCGCUGUGGAGAGACCAGGAAUGAAGAUCAUGCCUGCCACUGCUCAGAAGACUGUUUAUCAAGAGGAGACUGCUGUAGUAACUAUCAAGUGGUUUGCAAAGGAGACACUCCCUGGGUCAUGGAUGAUUGUGAGGAUAUUCGAACUCCAGAAUGCCCAGCAGGUUUUCGUCACCCUCCACUGAUCAUUUUCUCUGUGGAUGGUUUCCGUGCGUCGUACAUGAAGAAAGGUGAAAAAGUGAUGCGCAAUAUCGAGAAGCUAAGAUCCUGUGGAACUCAUGCCCCCUACAUGAGACCUGUCUAUCCAACCAAAACCUUCCCAAACUUGUACACUCUGGCAACGGGACUGUACCCUGAAUCUCAUGGAAUCAUUGGAAAUUCAAUGUAUGACCCUGUGUUUGAUGCUAUUUUUAACCUUCGAGGAAGAGAGAAAUUCAAUCACCGAUGGUGGGGAGGUCAACCGAUAUGGAUUACUGCUGCUAAGCAAGGAGUGAAAGCUGGAACAUUCUUUUGGUCAAACGUGAUCCCUUAUGAACGGAGAGUAUUAACCAUACUGCAGUGGCUAGCUAUGGCAGACACUGAAAGGCCUUAUGCAUAUGCAUUCUAUUCUGACCAACCAGAUAUGGCUGGCCACCGAUAUGGUCCAUUUAAUUCUGAGGAGAGUAGUUUUGGGUCUCCUCUUACUCCAUCUAAAAGACCUAAAAGAAAAAUCAGUACUAAGAGGAUUCAGAAAAGACGUAUUGCUCCUUCCAAGAGAAGACGAAAAGUACCUAGAAUGGAACACUUGUCUGCGGAAUCCCGUCGGAACAAAAUGUUAGGUCCACUAAGAGAUAUUGACAAGAUCCUUGGGCAACUAAUGGAUGGAUUAAAGCAGCUGAACUUACACCGAUGUGCCAACAUUAUCUUCGUGGGUGAUCAUGGAAUGGAAGAUGUUACUUGUGAAAGAACUGAAUAUUUGAGCAACUAUCUAUCUAACGUGGAUGACAUAACUUUGAUACCUGGAACUCUAGGGCGUAUUCGUGCCAAAGCUAAUAGUAAUGUUAAAUUUGACCCCAAAGCCAUUGUGGCCAAUCUCACAUGCAAGAAGCCAGACCAACAUUUCAAACCUUACCUGAAGCAACAUCUUCCCAAGCGUUUGCAUUAUGCAAAUAACCGAAGAAUCGAAGAUAUUCAUUUGUUGGUGGAAAGAAGAUGGCAUGUAGCCAAGAGGCCUGGAGAUGUGUUUAAGAAAAUAACCGGGAAGUGCUAUUUUCAUGGAGAUCAUGGCUAUGACAAUAAGAUCAACAGUAUGCAGACCGUCUUUCUAGGCUAUGGCCCUUCAUUUAAAUACAAAACAAAAGUACCUCCAUUUGAAAAUAUUGAACUGUACAACCUUAUGUGCGAUCUCCUUGGUUUGAAGCCUGCUCCCAAUAAUGGGACACAUGGAAGCUUAAAUCACCUCCUUCGGAGCAGUACCUACAGACCCAUCAUGCCUGAGGAAGUAGCAAGGCCACUCCAUCCAGUAGCUACAACACCUUCAUCUGACUACGAUCUGGGGUGCAGUUGUGACGAUAAGAAUAGGUUGGAUGAUCUGAGUCGACGUCCUUAUAGCAGAGGAACAGAAGCGAGAACCUACACAGGAGGAGAAGGAUUUUAUACCAACGACCCUGAGAAUGUAUUACCUGAGGAUGGAUGCGUCCCGCCACCAGAGAAGCAUCUCCUUUAUGGCCGCCCAGCGGUUCUUUUUCGUACAAAGUACAGCCUCUUGCAUCAUCAUGACUUUGAAAGUGGCUACAGCGAAACAUUCCAGAUGCCUCUCUGGACAUCUUACACUAUUUCAAAACAGGCAGAGACAUCUGGUGUCCCAGACCAGGUGAUCAGUUGUGUAAGACCUGAUUUGCGCAUUUCUCCAAGCAAUAGUCAGAGUUGUACCGCCUACAGAGUGGAUAGACAAAUGUCUUACGGAUUCCUGUUUCCUCCCCAACUCAGUUCCUCGGUAGAAACAAAAUAUGAUGCUUUCCUGAUAACAAAUGUCAUUCCCAUGUUUCCUGCUUUCAAAAAGGUCUGGAAUUAUUUCCAGAGAAUUUUGGUGAAGAGAUACGCCAUUGAACGGAACGGAGUCAAUGUGAUUAACGGACCAAUCUUUGACUAUGACUUUGAUGGUUUGCAUGACACCCCAGACAAAAUCAAACUGUAUGUGGAAGGAAGUUCGAUCCCGGUUCCAACUCAUUACUACAGCAUCAUCACAAGUUGUUUAGACUUCACUCAGCCUGCUGACAAGUGUGAUGGACCUCUUUCAGUUUUGGCGUAUAUUUUCCCGCAUCGGCCCGACAAUGAUGAAAGCUGCAAUAAUUCUUCUGAAGAUGAAUCCCGGUGGGUUGAAGAGCUCUUGAAAAUGCACACGGCGAGAGUACGGGAUAUUGAACAACUUACCGGCUUAGACUUUUAUCGGAAGACAAGUCGAAGCUACCCAGAGAUCCUUUCUUUAAAAACAUACCUGCAUACAUUUGAAAGUGAAAUUUAACUUUCUCUUAAAAUUCAGCCCACCCAUCCUCUCAUGAAGUGCUGUAUAUUUUUAUAUUAUAUUUAUUAAUUUGAAACAGGACAUUAAAAUUAUUAGUGUAUUUUUAAUCUUGCAACAAAUCUUUAAAAAUAUUAAAUCGGUGUCUGUUGUGUUUUGAAUCUUUAAUGUAAAACAUAUGUUUUUGGUCUUUUUUUUUUUUUAAAUGCUGCUGACGUGUGCAGCUUCUUAAAAAGAGUCUCUUGGUUCAAAGCUUCUUAAAAUGGUACAGAAGAAUCACUUACUUCGAUUGAGGAAAUGUAACUUUUACUGCAUUCCCUUUUGCCGUGCUCUUUUUUUUUUUUUAGUCCUGUAUUGUGUAUUAUACAUGUAAAAUGACAAUGAUUGUUAACUAUGUGAUAGACAUAUUUAAGCUUCAUAGAGAAUAGAAACUUAAAUAUAAUAAAACCACACAUUUAGGGUUUUUUUAUUUGGUGUUCCUUUCGCAAUGGCAUACUGCUUUUCCUCCCUUGUUUUCAGGUUGAUCCUUUCGUACACAAGCAUGGUAUAAUUUAUUGAAUGAGCCUCAAAUUAUACUGAUUUUUAAACCCAAGAGGCUGAAUAUAGGUAGUCACCAACUUACAACCGUAAUUGAACCAUGACAGUUGUAAGUCAUGGUGGUUGUUGAGGAGUCACCACAUGACCAUACUCAAUUUUAUGACUUCUUUUUCCGGUGGUCAUUAAAAGAACCCAUUAUACCCAAUAGUGUGGGGUUUUUUUUGGGGGGGGGGCCUGGAACUGGGAAGGAAAUACCAGUUGCUAGCAAGAAAUGGCAAAAAUUGCCAUCACGUGACCACAGGGCCCUGCAAGCAGCCAUGAAUGCAGACAGAUUGCCAAGUGCACCAAAAAAUGUAAUCCUGUGAAGGGAG